UUGUUCCUCCCUUUAUUACGAAAAAAGAUAUUGCCAAUUAUGGUCGAGUGUAAUUCAACCAUCUUUUUUGCUGCUGUUGGUGUAGCUUUUAUUGGGUAUAAAUUGCUCACACUUUUGAAAACAUGUUACGAUGUUUAUAUUGCAAAGGGUGUUCCUCUUAAAAAAUUUGGUGCUGGUAAUGGUGCUUGGGCAGUUGUCACUGGUGCUACAGAUGGUAUUGGUAAAGAAUUCGCGUUACAACUUGGAAAGAAGAAAUUCAACAUCUUUUUGAUUUCUCGUACUGCUUCUAAAUUAGAAGCUGUUGCUAAUGAGAUUUCUCAACAAUAUGGUGUUGAAACCAAGACAUUUGCUAUGGAUUUUAUCAAGGGUGAUCCCGAAGAUUUCAAAAAAGUAGGUGAAAUGAUCGAUUCUAUUCGUGUUGGUGUCUUGGUUAAUAAUGUAGGCGUCAAUCAUGAUAUCCCUACAUCCUUUGCAGAUGAAGAUGAAAGUCGUAUCAAUAGCAUUGUCGAAGUGAAUAUUAAGGGUCUUAUGAAAAUGACUAAGCUUGUACUUCCUCAAAUGAAAGCAAAUCAUAAUGGCCUUAUUUUAAAUAUGGGCUCAUUUGCAGGCCUAGUUGCUACUCCUUAUUUAUCUGUUUAUUCUGCUGGUAAAGCCUUUUUGUCUACUUGGUCUCAAGCUUUAGGUACAGAAGUAGCCAAGGAUGGUAUUGUAGUUGAACAUGUGAACACCUACUUUGUUGUUUCUGCUAUGAGUAAGAUUCGUAAGCCUACUCUUUUAAUCCCUACUGCCAAAAAUUAUGUUGCCAGUGUUUUAGAGAAAGUAGGUGUUCCUUGUGGUGCUAAUGUACCUUUUACAUCUACACCUUACCCUAUGCAUGGUAUUGCUAAUUGGGCUAUUAAUAACUUUUUCACUCAUCAAUUCUGGGUGACUCAAAAUGAAAAUAUUCAAACAGACGUUCGUAAGAGAGCUUUACGUAAACGUGAACGUGAAGCUGCAGCACGUAAAGUAGAAUAAAUAUUUUUUAUUAUUGUUAUUUAUUAAACAUAAUAUAAAGCAAAGAUUCCAUGUGUGAAAUAUGUAUAUAACUAUUAGCUAGCAAAGGCUUCAUGUGUGAAAUAUAAGUUACUGUUAGUUAGCAAAGGCUCCAUGCGUGAAAUACAUACAACUAUUAGUUAGCAAAGUUAUAUGCUCACUUUUUCUUUUCUUUUUUUUCGUGUAAUAAUUUAUUUUGCUUGCUUUAACCAUU